GACGGGUUGCUAGCAUCCUCGUCGCCCUCCUUCUUGACAUGUCCCUCUUCAAUAUCACCACAAAUAUUCCUCGGACACCUGUUUUAUCCCGAAACGUCAUGCAUCACGCCAGACCAUCCCGUUUACCCCAUCUCCCCUCUCCUCACACACCCAAACUUCCCCUCCCGACAUCGGGAACGAGCAAACCACAUAUCAACCCCACCGACUCUGUGUCCAGAACUCGAUCAGUCCCUCUUGUCGGAACACCUCUCACUCUCCAUCACUCCCCUCCACCUUCCGCACCCACCUACACCACCGGAUCAGUUCCUAGUUUGUUGAGAUGGAUAGGGGGCGAGAGUGUGCGUCUGACAGGACAAGAAGGAGCACCUAGGCGACGUGAAAGGAAAUACGAGGGGUCCGAUGCGUUGGAUUGGAGUGCGGAGAUGAAGGACAAAAUGAUGAAGAUGAGAGGGGUGGGUUUUUCGAGGAAAGAGAUUGGCCAGAGCCUCGGAAUACAAAAAGACCAAUGGUACCUCAUCUCCCGUGUCGCCCCACUCACCACGGAACAAUCCAAAAACAAACGAUCAGAGAUGGAGGAGCAAGAGACCAGUUGGGGAUUCCGAAAACGUCUACACAGGGCCAAAAGGGCGCGGAGGAGGGAAUAUUGGUAGUCGGGCUCCCUGACCAUGCAUUCUCUCAGAUAAUUCGC